CGCGGGCCGAGACUUUAAAUCGCCUUCAUUUCCCCCAAAUCCUUCCUUUUCCUCUCCUCCCCCAGGCCGGCGGGGAGGCAGCUUCCACCGCCCUCCGCGCGCCCUCACCCGGCCUUGCUCUGCCUCCGGGGACCGCCAGCAGCCCGCCUCCAAAAGUUUGAUCAUCUCUCUCUCUCUUUUUCUUGCUUCUUCUUCCUUUUUGGUGGAAGCAGAAAAGGAGCGAGGCAGGGGCGAGCGCGGCGCCCGGACUCCUGGGACCAUGGGCCUGGCGCGGGCGCCCGCGGGGCCCCAGCCGCGCUGCCUGCCUGCUCGGGCGCCCCUGGGCGCGGGGCUGCUCUGGGGGCGCGGGGGCCGCGCGCUCUGAGCCGGCCUGGCGCGGCUGGGCGGGGGGCUGGCGGCCCCAUGGGGCGCGCCCACACUUGCCCCCCGGGCUCGGGAGCAUGAAGUAGGGGCCUGCCAUGGGAGCGGGAUCGGCGCGGGGGGCCCGAGGCACAGCGACGGCGGCGGCGGCGCACGGGGGGGGGUUUCUCUUCUCCUGGAUCUUAGUCUCGUUUGCCUGUCACCUGGCCUCCACCCAAGGAGCUCCUGAAGAUGUGGACGUCCUCCAGCGGCUGGGCCUCAGCUGGACGAAGGCCGGGAGCCCUGCACCCCCGGGAGUCAUUCCUUUCCAGUCUGGCUUCAUCUUUACACAGCGGGCCCGGCUCCAGGCUCCCACGGGCUCCGUCAUUCCUGCCUCCCUGGGCACAGAGCUGGCGCUGGUGCUGAGCCUCUGCUCCCACCGGGUGAACCAUGCCUUCCUCUUCGCUGUCCGCAGCCAGAAACACAAGCUGCAGCUGGGCCUGCAGUUCCUCCCCGGCAAGACGGUCGUCCACCUGGGGUCCCGGCGUUCGGUGGCCUUCGACCUCGACAUGCACGACGGGCGCUGGCACCACCUGGCCCUCGAGCUCCGAGGCCGCACAGUCACUCUGGUGACCGCCUGCGGGCAGCGCCGGGUGCCUGUCCUGCUGCCUUUCCACAGGGACCCUGCACUCGACCCCGGGGGCUCCUUCCUCUUUGGGAAGAUGAACCCGCAUGCAGUCCAGUUUGAAGGUGCUCUGUGCCAGUUCAGUAUCUACCCUGUGACGCAGGUCGCUCACAAUUACUGUACCCACCUGAGGAAGCAGUGUGGACAGGCUGACACGUACCAGUCCCCACUGGGGCCUCUCUUCUCCCAAGACUCUGGCAGACCUUUCACCUUCCAGUCUGACCUCGCCCUGCUAGGCCUGGAGAACUUGACCACUGCCACACCACUGGGGUCACAGCCAGCAGGCAGGGGACCCAAGGGGACUGUGGUGCCCGCCACUCCCACCAAGCCCCAAAGGACUAGCCCCACAAACCCUCACCAGCAUAUCGCGGGGCGAGGCCCAGCCCAAACCCCACCUGCCAAGCUGUCAGCCAGUAACACACUUGAUCCUGUGCUCCCAGCCUCUCUUGGCAGCUCUACCAGAACGCCUCGCCCUGCAGCCUCUCAACCAUCACAGAAGAUCACAGCCACCAAAAUCCCCAAAAGCCUCCCUACCAAGCCUUCAGCCCCUUCUACUUCAAUUGUCCCCGUCAAAAGUCCCCAUCCUACCCAGAAAACAGCUGCACCUUCAUUUACAAAGUCAGCCCCACCCACUCAGAAGCAUGUACCUACAGUUCCUGCCAAAGUAUCCCGUCCCGCAGAGAAGCCCAUCCAGAGGAACCAAGGAAUGCCCAGGCCCCCACUGCCCAGCACCCAGCCCCUACCUCCUACCACCAGCUCCUCUAAAAAACCCAUUCCCACACUAGCUCAAACUGAGGCCAAGGUGACUAACCAUGCCAGUAAGCCGGCCUCUGCCCGCACCAGCACCCACAAACCUCCCCCAUUUACUGCUUUAUCCUCAUCUCCUGCCCCUACUCCUGGUUCUACCAGGACGACUCGGCCACCAGCCACAAUGGUGCCUCCAACCUCGGGCACCAGCGCUCCCAGAACAGCACCUGCCGUCCCCACUCCUGGCUCAGCUCCCACUGGAAACAAGAAGCCCACUGGAUCGGAAGCCUCAAAGAAAGCCGGACCUGAGAGCAGCCCCCGGAAGCCCGUCCCCCUCAGACCUGGGAAGGCAGCCAGGGAUGUCCCCUUGAGCGAUCUGACAACCAGGCCUAGCCCCAGACAGUCCCAGCCCAGUCAGCAGACCACUUCAGCCCUGGUAUUGGCCCCAGCUCAAUUCCUGUCCUCCAGCCCCCGGCCCACGAGCAGUGGCUAUUCGUUCUUCCACCUGGCAGGAUCUACGCCUUUCCCUCUGCUGAUGGGGCCUCCGGGGCCCAAGGGAGACUGUGGUUUGCCGGGUCCCCCUGGGCUGCCUGGGCUACCUGGAAUCCCUGGUGCACGUGGGCCUCGGGGUCCUCCUGGGCCUUAUGGAAAUCCAGGUCUCCCCGGCCCUCCUGGAGCCAAAGGCGACAUGGGCUUGCCUGGGCUGUCCGGGAAUCCAGGACCUCCGGGACGAAAGGGACACAAGGGCUAUCCUGGACCGGCAGGGCACCCCGGAGAACAGGGGCAGCCAGGACCUGAGGGCAGCCCAGGGGCCAAAGGUUACCCUGGCAGGCAGGGGUUACCUGGACCGGUAGGAGAUCCCGGCCCCAAAGGCAGCAGGGGCUACAUUGGGCUCCCAGGGCUCUUCGGCCUGCCAGGGUCUGAUGGAGAGCGAGGCCUUCCUGGUGUUCCUGGCAAGAGGGGCAAGAUGGGUAUGCCGGGGUUUCCUGGAGUCUUUGGGGAAAGAGGCCCUCCCGGACUGGAUGGAAACCCUGGAGAACUGGGCCUGCCAGGCCCCCCUGGAGUCCCCGGCCUCAUUGGUGACUUGGGAGUGUUGGGUCCGAUUGGCUACCCAGGACCCAAGGGCAUGAAGGGACUGAUGGGCAGCGUGGGGGAGCCCGGACUGAAAGGUGAUAAGGGUGAACAAGGGGUUCCAGGUGUGUCGGGAGAUCCCGGAUUCCAAGGAGACAAGGGGAGCCAGGGGUUGCCAGGGUUCCCCGGCGCACGGGGGAAGCCAGGGCCUCUGGGCAAAGUUGGAGACAAAGGAUCCAUUGGGUUUCCCGGGCCCCCUGGACCCGAGGGAUUCCCAGGAGACAUCGGCCCCCCUGGUGACAACGGCCCAGAAGGCAUGAAGGGUAAGCCUGGAGCCCGAGGCCUGCCGGGACCCCGUGGGCAGCUGGGGCCCGAGGGAGAUGAGGGACCCAUGGGGCCACCAGGGGCCCCUGGCUUGGAGGGUCAGCCUGGCAGGAAGGGCUUUCCUGGGAGGCCCGGCCUGGAUGGCGUGAAGGGGGAACCGGGAGAUCCUGGUCGGCCAGGGCCUGUGGGAGAGCAGGGAUUUAUGGGAUUCAUUGGUCUGGUCGGGGAGCCAGGAAUCGUGGGAGAAAAGGGUGAUCGUGGCAUGAUGGGACCCCCAGGCGUGCCUGGACCCAAGGGGUCGAUGGGUCAUCCUGGAAUGCCAGGUGGUAUGGGGACCCCUGGAGAACCUGGACCCCAGGGUCCUCCAGGAUCUCGAGGCCCACCAGGCAUGAGGGGAGCGAAGGGACGUCGGGGCCCCCGAGGACCGGACGGACCAGCUGGGGAGCAAGGGUCCAGGGGCCUGAAGGGCCCUCCAGGACCCCAGGGCAGACCGGGCCGGCCUGGACAGCAGGGUGUGGCUGGUGAGCAAGGCCACUUGGGCUCGCGAGGCUUUCCCGGCAUCCCGGGUCCCUCAGGCCCCCCAGGCACCAAGGGCCUCCCAGGAGAACCGGGCCCUCAGGGACCCCAGGGGCCAGUUGGGCCUCCAGGAGAGAUGGGACCUAAGGGGCCGCCGGGUGCAGCGGGAGAACCGGGCCUUCCUGGGGAAGCUGGGAUGAAGGGUGACCUUGGACCCCUGGGCACCCCUGGGGAGCAGGGCCUCAUUGGGCAACGGGGAGAGCCAGGCCUCGAGGGUGACAGUGGCCCCAUGGGACCUGAUGGGCUGAAGGGGGACAGGGGAGACCCAGGGCCUGAUGGAGAACAUGGCGAGAAAGGCCAGGAAGGGCUGAUGGGUGAGGACGGGCCCCCCGGCCCCCCUGGUGUCACUGGUGUCCGGGGUCCUGAAGGAAAAUCAGGGAAGCAAGGUGAGAAGGGCCGCACUGGAGCCAAGGGCGCCAAGGGCUACCAAGGACAGCUGGGUGAGAUGGGCGUCCCUGGAGACCCCGGACCCCCUGGCACUCCAGGCCCUAAAGGGUCCCGGGGCAGCCUGGGACCAACGGGUGCUCCUGGACGCAUGGGGGCCCAAGGAGAACUGGGACUGGCUGGUUAUGAUGGACACAAAGGCAUUGUGGGACCCCUCGGACCUCCUGGACCAAAAGGCGAAAAGGGGGAGCAGGGCGAGGACGGCAAGGCCGAGGGGCCCCCUGGGCCACCUGGAGAUCGGGGCCCUGUGGGUGAUCGAGGAGACCGCGGGGAACCCGGGGACCCUGGGUACCCUGGACAGGAGGGUGUGCAAGGCCUCCGUGGAAAGCCAGGCCAGCAGGGCCAACCCGGGCAUCCGGGACCCCGGGGGCGGCCGGGACCCAAAGGAUCUAAAGGCGCAGAGGGACCAAAGGGAAAGCAAGGCAAGGCGGGGGCCCCAGGCCGGAGGGGGGUCCAGGGCCUGCAGGGGCUGCCAGGGCCCCGGGGCGUGGUGGGGAGACAGGGCCUCGAGGGCAUCGCUGGAGCAGAUGGGCUUCCUGGCAGGGACGGGCAAGUGGGACAGCAGGGGGAGCAGGGAGACGAUGGGGACCCUGGCCCCAUGGGCCCUGCUGGGAAGAGAGGAAAUCCAGGUGUGGCCGGCUUACCUGGAGCACAGGGACCCCCAGGAUUCAAGGGUGAGAGUGGGUUACCCGGACAGCUGGGUCCCCCUGGCAAACGAGGGACGGAGGGCAGAACAGGGCUCCCUGGAAACCAGGGGGAGCCUGGGUCCAAAGGCCAGCCGGGCGACUCUGGUGAGAUGGGCUUCCCAGGAAUGGCAGGUCUCUUCGGACCUAAGGGCCCCCCUGGAGACAUCGGCUUCAAAGGCAUCCAGGGUCCUCGGGGGCCACCCGGUUUGAUGGGAAAGGAAGGCAUCAUCGGGCCCCUCGGAAUCCUGGGACCUUCGGGACUCCCGGGUCCGAAGGGUGACAAAGGCAGCCGUGGGGACUGGGGAUUGCAAGGUCCGAGGGGUCCUCCUGGCCCCAGAGGGCGGCCCGGCCCCCCGGGUCCUCCAGGGGGUCCUAUCCAAUUGCAACAAGAUGAUCUUGGGGUAGCUUUCCAGACGUGGAUGGACACCAGUGGAGCACUCAGACCAGAGGGUUACAGCUAUCCGGACCGGCUGGUGCUUGACCAGGGAGGAGAGAUCUUUAAAACCUUACACUACCUCAGCAACCUCAUCCAGAGCAUUAAGACGCCCCUGGGCACCAAAGAGAACCCCGCCCGGGUCUGCAGGGACCUCAUGGACUGUGAGCAGAAGAUGGUGGAUGGUACCUACUGGGUGGAUCCAAACCUUGGCUGCUCAUCCGACACCAUUGAAGUCUCCUGCAACUUCACGCAUGGUGGACAGACGUGUCUCAAACCCAUCACGGCCUCCAAGGUCGAGUUUGCCAUCAGCCGGGUCCAGAUGAAUUUCCUGCACCUGCUAAGCUCUGAGGUGACCCAGCAUAUCACCAUCCACUGCCUUAACAUGACUGUGUGGCAGGAGGGCACUGGGCAGACCCCAGCCAAGCAGGCCGUGCGCUUCCGGGCCUGGAACGGACAGAUUUUUGAAGCUGGGGGUCAGUUCCGGCCCGAGGUGUCCAUGGAUGGCUGCAAGGUCCAAGACGGCCGCUGGCAUCAGACACUCUUCACCUUCCGGACCCAAGACCCCCAACAGCUGCCCAUCGUCAGUGUGGACAACCUCCCUCCUGCCUCAUCAGGGAAGCAGUACCGCCUGGAAGUUGGACCUGCGUGCUUCCUCUGACCUCUGACCUCUUGGCCCCUCUAGGCCUCAUGGAGGACGGAAGAGGAAGAGGCAAGGGGAGGGUACCGAGGGGCAGAUAGCUCCAGGAGAGGCAGCUCCCCUGCCCAAGAGUCCUUGGGCAGACCCCAGCUGUUGUCUGCCCGGUAGAAGUGGGUGGGGGUAGGAGGGGAUAGGGUAUCCUUGGGAACAAUGGAUCCCAGCUUAGCCCCAAAGACCAACCAAAGAGCCAGCCAGAGCAAGCUGGACCUGCAACCUGCCUGAGCCCCAUGGCCUCUCAGCUCUGCGGCCAUCCCCUUCCCUCCCCAGCUUCCUGCCCAAAGAGCCCCACAUUCAAGCCAACUUGAGGGAAGGGGGCAUCUCGUCAGCUGGUCCCUGCUAGGGAGCUAUUGAUGUGCAAUAUUAGAAAGGAGACAUGAAAAAAGGAGAAAAGGAAAGACAGAAGUAUAUAUAUAUAUUAUUUAAACAAACAAAAAGAAGGUGCGUUACUAUUUUUUUUUCACCCGGGAAAGAGGUAAGAGGAUGGGAAGGAGCAGCCAGGCGUGGGAAGCGGCGAGAUCCUCGGGCUGGGGGUGCCCAUGUUUGCUACCUCCCACUGUGAAAUCGCUGGUGCUCGCAAUCGUCUCUCAUAGUGUAUGUGUUUUUUUUAAGGAAAAAAAAAGAAACAACCCUAUUUAAGAUUCUGAAGGUGCUACCAUUAUUUUGCCACAGACUUUGGAGAAACUUUUGGAUGUAGCGUAUCAUCCACAUCUUUCUCUCUCCUCCAAAUGACAAAGUUUGGGGAAUUUUUCAAUUUUCUUAGCAUCGCCCUUGUGCUCAUCAGGUAAUCUGCUAAGGAGGAAAAAAGAAAAGAAAAAAGGAAAAAAAAAAAAAAAGCAAAACAAAACAAAACAAAAAAAAACCCUACCAGAAACCAGAAGUAGAGAGAUUUCCCUUAUAACUUAUGGACUUUGAAAUGUCUGUCCUUUUAAGGCAGCAGGGAGGCCUGGGUGUGAAGCAUGUUGGCUUGGCCCUUCACGGUCCUGGAGGGAGGUGAGGCUGGCCUUGGAAAGCAUGCCCUGGAGAGGUCUUGGGUGAAGACUUGACCUUGAAGAAACCAAUCACAAAAGCAGCGUUGGGUCAGGGCUAGCCUUGGAGGUGAAGCAUCAACAUGGAACCAUCUCAGGAAGCCGCAUCACCUCUUCCAAGGCCCUCACUUCCAGGAGCCUGUCCUUGCAAGAUGCAAUCAUCGUUCCUGCUUUUUCAUUGUCAUUAAAUUCUGUAGAAACCCAUUGUCAUUAGCUCCAAGUGUAAAUUUGGGUCAAGGAGACAGAAUAAUAAUGGGAAUCUCAGAGUUCGACACCAUAGUGACAUUCAGCGUCCUCUGAAUUGUGCUACAUCAGCCAACAAGUCGGCGCUUGAAUUGGAUUUUGAGGUUAUUUUAACCUAGGAAUUGAGGUUAUUUAACCAUGGAAUUAUUUUUAUAGAAGGGGAAAAUGUAUGUGAAAGGCUCUGUUUGUGUAUUUCUCUCCUAAAGUUGUGUCUCUUUGGGAAUUGGAUUUGAUCUUUAUUAUUUAAUACCUCACUCUGGCCCGUCCCCUCUCCCGUCCCCCCUUCUGUAUCCUCGCCCCCCCCCGCCCCAGCCUGGACGCGCUGCGUGGAAGUGCAUGUUUGUAGCAGCUCGGGCCUCAUCUCAGCGCUCGGAUCCCUCCUGCCGCCAGAAUCCACUGGCCUCUGUCUCAUUCUUGGGUUUUCCUGCUGUCCUCGUUUACGUCUGUCCACAUGUCAGUGUAUUAAAACCCCAGUGGGUUCCGUUUCUCCUUUUCCCCUCUGGAUUUUAAAUAAAUAUUUAAAACUGAGGCAAUGGAAUGACA